UGCACUGUUAGGCCUGCUAAAGCCGAAGAAGAAGAAGAAAGUGAAGGUCUGAAAGGAGAGAGACUCAGCUGCAGCUGAACCUGAAAUUAUGGUAGAGAGCUUCUUCUCAGUCUCAGGGACAGGGAGGCAAAUGGACCUCCCCACUCAACCUAUUACUAAUACUAUGCAGCUUCUUUCAGGCCCUCCUUCUAGUGGAAAGUCCUCUCUUCUAUUCCAGUUCGCAUUCAACGCCACCCACUUCACCAAUGAAAAGGUAGUCUUCAUUUGCAACCGCCGCAGGUUACAAACUAAACCCCCUUUUCUCUCCCAAGGGAUUGAUCCUUCUUCGGAUGCCUUUCAACGCAUUCAGAUGAAGUAUGUGGAUAAUGAUGAAGCCAUCAAGAAUUACUUUGCUGCAUUUCACCUGCAUGAAACAUUUCCUGCCACAAUUAUUAUUGAUGAUUUUGGAGAUUUCUUUGAAGACAGAAGUUGCCAAGAGAGGUAUGGGAAUCCUAGGGGAAGAGAAUUAGCUAUGGUUCGGACACUUGCUUUAUGCCACAAUGCCAUAAUGCACGCCAAUGGAACAAGGCCCUGUAAGCUUCUCUUAUCGGAUACACACCAUGGAGAGUCCCCUAGGUUGCUCUUCAUUUAUAAGAGAUGGAUUUCCACUAUCUUCACCAUUAAAGGUGAUGGUGAUGGCUCUGGAUCGUUUAUUCUAAAAAAUAAUAACAAUAUAGAGAAUGAGAGGACGAAAUCUGCAAAAUACUCUAUUGCUCUACAAUAUUUAGUCUUGGAAGUGAUCACUGAAGAUUGUGAAAUGUAACAUUUAUAUAUAUACUAGAAUUUAUAGAAUUUAUUAAUUAUUUUUAUUAAAUUUAUAUUAAUGUCAUAUAAAUUUUAAAUAAAUAAUUUAUUUAUUUUUGUUUAAGUUUAUAUUUAUUCUAAUUUUUGAAUUUGAGAGUAACAACAAG